GCGAAAAUUGCGGCAAUAUAUUUGAAAAAAUAAGAAAAAAAUACGAGUGUGAUUUGUUGAUUUUUCGAGAUCAGGUAAAAGUUUUUUUUACAAGCAAGCCUACAGCCAAUCAAAGCCAACCAGAUCCAUAAUGAGGGCGUCAAAGUUUGCUUUGAAAUUGGCGGCGGGCAUUGUGCCAACGCUAAAUUCGACAUUUAAAUUAUUUUUCUCUUUCGCAUUGUUGCUAUUGUUGUUGCUCAUUUGCUAAAUUCACACAAUCAUUUUUGUUUAUAUUAAUAACGGUGGCGAUUUGUCAAUGAAUUCUCAGACGCAGUACAACGGCCAACAGCCCAUGAUGGGCAUCAAGAACAACGUCGUGCAAAUGUCGUACCAGUGCGCCAGCUGUUCCAAGGCCAAUGACAUCAAGCCCAGGGAGCCCAUCCGCUGCCGCGACUGCGGACAUCGCAUUCUGUACAAGAAGCGGACCAAGAGAAUGGUUCAGUUCGAGGCUCGCUAAUGCAGUCACAACGAAGAAGUAUAAUUUUGAACGACACGUUGGGCUGUCCUUUUUGUGCAACCAUUCCAACUGAUAUAGACGAAGGUGCCGCGCACAAUCUCUAGCGAUCUAUAUAUACUAUUGAAAAUAUAAAUAUAAAUAAAAUUUAAAGAUGUACCAGUAGC